GCUUUCUCCCAUGUUUCCACGCUGUUGUCACAAUGUAAGUUUGAAGCUUUGGAAGGACUCGUGGCUGAAGACUUGAUUGUGAAGCUCGAGGAAAAGUGCAAACUGCUGUCGUCGACCCACAAGAAAGCUCUCUCUGCAGAAUCUGAUGAGAUCAUGUACACGGCACCUGGAGACGUAGGAAUCCACUACGAUGAUAACGGGAGAAAGUUUGUCAGUAUCCUGAUGCGUUUCUGGUAUCUGACGAGCGCAGGGAAAGAGACUGCUAACUGCAAAUUAUGAAUUCCAAAGGGAGUUUACUAAAGGAGCGCCUCCGGACUGGACCAUUACGAGGGUAGAGCACUCCAAGCUUUUGGAUUAAGCUGUUUUUGAUUUGAAGGCAGUCGUGCCAGUGGAAACUAGUCAAAGACAUGAAAUCAAUCCUCAGCAUUUUCUUCGAUUACACUGAAUUUAGAAAAAUGGCUCAAGGAAAUCCACAGAGGGGGAAAACAAGACGCAUCUGCUCCCUGGGAAGUCAGAGGAAGGCACCAGGACAAACAAGGAUUCAUCCAUGAGACAUUGUAGGAAAGACACAUGAGCCAAACACACGUAUUCUCACAGAUACGGUUUAUCAUUGUUUCUUAUGGUUUUCUUCAUCAUAUUUGAUUUCCCACCCAAAAAAACCAGUGAUUAUGUUGGGAACUCUUGCUCUGGAAGGUUUUGUUCAUUCAGUAACGGGUCAAAUAUUAUAUUCAAAUAAUUUAUAGACUUUGUUAAAGUGUUAUGUAACAUCUGAUACUGUAUUUCCAAGUAGAGAACUCUUGUUUCUCUAUGUAGGACUGUGUGGUAUAAAGAAGUAACAAUCCAAUGUACCAGAUUUAUUUCCACACAAAAACAUUUUCUUUUUGUUUUUCCCCCCACGCAAAGUAUUUGUCAUUCACCUGACUCGGAGGUACAUGCCUUAUAUCUACUGUAUGUGUGUACUUAGGCUGAUUGCAAGUGCUAAGACAGCUUGAAGCAGCUGCAGACGACUUUUUGAUUGUUUUAUUAAAGAUUUAAAAAAUGAA